AUAGCUGGGCUCUGCCUACUGCGUUGCUUUGAACUAUAUGCUGCAAUUAUUUCAGUUUUUAAAAUUCCUUGUAAUUUUGAUUGAAGGCUGCUUACUGAAAGGAAAUGGAUUGGACUGGAGUAAUUUUAACUUUAUUACUAUUUAUUCUUGCAAUUAUGUUUCUUUUGAAAAGGGGCAGUUCCAGGAAUAAGAGCUCCCCCAAUCUCCCCCCUGGACCCAGGACUAUACCCAUUUUGGGAAAUCUGCACAUGAUGGAUCUGAAGAGGCCUCACAAAACAAUGAUAGAGUGGUCAAAAGAAUAUGGUCCCAUUUUCCGCAUCAGAUUGGGAUUCCAGGAGAUGGUGGUGCUGACUGGCUAUGAAACGGUCAAAGAUGCACUAGUGAACCAGGCCGAUGCAUUUGCAGAUAGGCCCUUUAUUCCCAUUUUUGAAGAAGCAACAAAAGGGUUUGGUAUUUUUUUGGCUAAUGGUGAACACUGGAAAGUGAUGCGACGGUUUACAUUAUCCACAUUACGGGAUUAUGGAAUGGGUAAGAGGACCAUUGAGGACAAAAUCACAGAAGAGUGCAGCGUCUUAACAAAGACAAUGGAGACUUAUGCAGGAAAACCCUUUGACGUCACAAGAAUUCUCACUGCUGCUGUUUCCAACAUCAUAGUUUCUAUUCUACUUGGGAAACGCUAUGAAUAUGAAGAUGCCACAUUUUUACGACUACUGAAGAUAAUCAGGGAAAAUGUUCAGCUUGCGGGAAGCCCUGCUGUGUUGCUAUAUAAUUUGUUUCCCAAGUUGGGGUUCUUUUUGGGUGCUCGUAAAACAAUAAUGAGGAAUCAAAAGGAGUUCCAUGAUUUCAUACGGACCACCUUCAUAGAUUAUCUCCAAGACCUUGAUGACAAUGACCAGAGGAAUUUUAUUGAAUCAUUUCUUGUUCGGCAAAAACAGGAGAAUAUGAAGAUGACACAUGAUGGAUAUUUUCAUAAUGGAAACCUUAUAGGUCUUGUAGAUGAUUUAUUUGGUGCUGGAACAGACACAAUGGCAAACACUCUGCGCUGGGCCAUACUCCUAAUGAUGAAGUACCCAGAAAUUCAGGGUAACGUCCAAGCAGAAAUUGCAAGAGAGAUUGGUGAUAUUCAACCAAGGACUGACCACCGAGUCAAAAUGCCUUACACCGAUGCUGUAGUUCAUGAAUUGCAAAGAUUUGCUAAUAUUGUUCCCUCCAAUGUGCCACAUGCAACCUCCAUGGAUAUAACUUUCAAAGGCUUCUUUAUCCCCAAGGGCACACACAUCAUUCCCUUGCUGACUUCUGUGCUCUUUGAUGAAUCUCAGUGGGAGAAACCACAUAAAUUCUACCCUGAGCAUUUUCUUGACUCUGAAGGAAAAUUUGUGAAGAGGGAUGCAUUCAUGCCAUUUUCUGCUGGUCGGAGAAUAUGUGCAGGUGAGAACCUGGCCAAAAUGGAGAUCUUCCUCUUCUUUACCAGCCUCUUGCAGAAAUUUACCUUCCAGCCACCCCCAGGAACAUCUAAAGAUGAUCUGGACCUGACCCCUGGUGUUGGAUUUAUCUCCACUCCUGUGCCGUACAAGACUUGUGCUGUGUUACGCGAAUCUGACACAAAAAACUAUAACAAGUUGUUUACUCAGUCUUGAAUUGCCUUCAUCUUGAGAGGCACAAUUUAACGAAGAAUCCAGUAUUGUCUAAGUUUCAUGUGUUGUUUAGAAGAUGAAUGGUAAUAACCUAUAAAUUCAUGAAAUGUAGAUUCUGAUAGGAAAGAAUAAAAUCAGGAAAUUCUGAUCAAAAUAUUAACUCUGGUAAGAAAUAAGAUUCAGCAACAUUCAAGAACUUCCUUCCUAGCCACCCUCACCCAGUCACAUGACCACCUAGCCACGCCCACCCAGUCACCCCCACAUAACCGGUAGGGAAAACUUCAUGUAGUAUUAAAAAAAAGAAUAAAAAGGGGGCUGCUGUGUAUUGUUUAAUGGGCUGCUGAAUUGGACAUGCCCACCCAGUCACAUGACCAUAUAGCCACAUCCACCAAGCCACACCCACAGAACCGGUAGGGAAAAAUUUUAAAUUUCACCCCUGAUGUAGACGUUUAAAAUCUCAGAACUGAUCAAUGGUCAGAUUCAGCCCCAGGG